CUUGGACAACUCCGGGAGGGUGUGUUUGAAGUCGGGUGUCGGGUCGGCAGAGUGAGGUUAGGAAAAAGGCCGCACACGCAGGGAAGAAAUGGAAAAGUUGGAUGGUUAGCGAGUGUGUCGGGGGCAAAAGUCACUAGAUAUGCGAAGAGGUGGAGUGUGAAGAAAUUGGGAUGAAGGUGGAGUGAGAUUUUUAUCGGUAGAGUAGGCUGGUAGACACAAACAUGGCCAAUGUGAUAAACUCGACUCAAAAUCUAGUUAAUAAGGCUUACGACUAUUAUUUAUGGACUUUAUCUUUAUCAGAUCAAAGAACGAAGGGAUGGCUCCUAGUCGACUCCCCUGUACCUAUGGUCGCAUACACCAUGGUGUACCUUUUUAUAGUAUGGUUAGGUCCAAAAGUGAUGGCUAAACGAAAACCCUUCCAGCUAACAGCGCUCUUAAUCCCCUACAACUUCAGUAUGGCCGUGCUGAAUGCGUACAUUGCAGUACAGCUUUUCACUGCUUCAACAAGACUUAGAUAUAGCUACAUAUGUGAGCCUUGCCGACAAAGGCUCCAUCCAGACGAAUUGCAAAUAGCGAAUGCGGUAUGGUGGUACUAUUUCUCGAAACUCCUGGAGUUCUGCGACACGUUCUUCUUCAUACUAAGGAAGAAAGAUAGGCAACUGACGUUCCUGCAUGUAUAUCAUCACUCGACGAUGUUCGCCCUUUGGUGGAUCGGGGUUAAAUGGGUGCCCAGUGGAUCAACAUUUUUGCCAGCUAUGGUGAAUGCAGGAAUCCAUGUGCUGAUGUAUGCUUACUAUGGGCUGUCAGUAUUCGGACCGAAAGUGACACAGUACCUUUGGUGGAAGAAAUAUCUCACGAUACUUCAAUUAAUUCAGUUCACAUGUGCCUUGAUCCUGGGUAUGAAUGGAAUCAGAACUGGUUGCGACUUCCCCUUGUGGAUGCACUACACUCUAAUCAUAUACAUGCUAUCCUUCAUUGUUCUCUUUGGCAACUUCUAUGUCAAGGCAUACAUGGAAAAGGGCACUCAAGUCUUCUUUGGAAUGGACGUGGGUUGUGGCCAAGGCAACACCUACAUCGAUAAGGUAUCUCCAGUCUUGCUACAAUCCCACAACGGUGUUCAGAAUCUAGAUGAUAAAAAGUACCUAUAAAGCGACACUUUUGUAUAUAAAAUUAUGUAUAUUACAUUUUAUUCCAUGUGUUUACAUUUUACGUUAUACAACAUUUUUCAAAUUUUUGCAAAAUCUACUACAAGUAUUCAAUUUGGAUUUCCUUUUCUAUAAUAUUUAUAAAAAUAUAUAAUGAUCGUCGGAAAAGCGAUGUAUAGCGUAUUCAAAAUACAAUAAAAAUCAUGGAAAAUCACGCUCUUCCUUACAUUAAGUGAGAUGAUUUCAUGAAUAAUGUUGUUUAUUUUUUGUUAUAUAUAUUUUUUGUUUAUUUUAUUUGUUUUUAUUGUUAUUAUAAUUUGUAAUUAGGGUAUUGAAAUGUCAAUUAUCAUGAACACGAUUAUAUGAAUAUUACAAUUUUAGAAGGAAUAAAUACAUUCCGGCGUUUUAUAACUAAACAAAAACGUGAAAGCACAAUAAUCCUAACCUGAUCACGAAACAUUUUUUAAUUCUGGGUGCUGGCUAUUUUUAUGUGGAUAAAGAAAUAGCAAUGGCGAAUUGAAACCAUAUAGUUCAAAACAAUACCACCCACAUUUGUUAUUGUUGCACGUAACUGCGCAGAUACGAUCAAGGCUUUCAAAAAGUUUAGUACUGUAAUAGAACAGUUACUAACAUAAGUAAAGCCAGAAGAAUCAAGCCUUUACGUAAACGCACAAAACACGCAUCGCUAUACCCCAUUCGUAGACCAUUUACGCCCAGACAAAACACGACACGCCCAAAAGCGAGAUUGUACAGGUCCGUACUUUCCUCAAUGGUCUUAGAAUCGACUGCGAACAGGGUAUAGGCACAAAGCAGAAAUCUGAUUUUAGAAACAGUUUUUGUGACCAAGCGUUUCAUAGCAAGUUAGGCAACUUUUUAUUCACAUAUUGUGCGUUUAACAAAGGCCUGUUCAUGCAUUCUGUCAAACGCAGAAUGAAUAUGACUAGACAUGUUUCUGUUUUCUUCCGAAAAGUUUUAUGAAAGAUUGUCAUCUGCUAAAAUGCUUCUGGAUGAAAGAAAUAAUUUCAAAAGGUAGGUUUUACGGCACUUCUAAAUAAACUAUACCACUGCCACAGCUCUUUUUGAUAGAAUUUAAUCUUUUACGAUUUUUUCGAGCUAACUCAGCUUGACAUCAUCAUGAAAAUUAGCGGACAAAAAAGAUGCAUGUAAUAGAUAGCUCUAAGCAUGUAUUGUGUUUAUAAGCAUAAAACAAUCAAUAAAAAUGUUUAAU